AUGACUGACAUUGUGCAUUUCCUUCGUACAUGGCGAUAUUAUUUUCUCGGGUCGAGGUUCGUGGUGAAGACCGACAAUGUAGCUACUAGAUACUUUCAGAUGCAGAAGAAACUCACACCAAAACAGACUAGGUGGCAGGAUUUCUUGGCUGAAUUUUAUUGUGUGCUGGAGUAUAAGCCGUGCAAAGGUAGCGUUGUAGCCGAGCUUGGUGCAAUCACUUCAACAAGAUGCCAAACAACUUAUCAGUUAGCUAACCAGGGCAAUACGAGACAUUUUUGGGUCAAAGACGGCCUACUGCUUACCACAGGUCAGCGGUUCUACGUGCCUAAGUUUGGGGAUAUUAGACGGCGGAUCAUAAGGGAGAUUCAAGACACAAUGUGGGCUGGUCAUCUGGACAAGGUUGAGCAACAACAACCUAGAGGACUUUUGGAGCCACUACCAGUUGUAGAGCCUCCAUAG